AUGGCUACAACACUUCUUAAUACAGUUCUUAAAUGUACUCCAAAUCUUCGUCAUCGUGGUAAUCAACCAUCAUCUCGUGAAUUGAAUUUACCUGGUCUUUGUCCAGAUGCUUUAGCUGCUUGGGGUACUGAUCAUCCAGCUGAUUUAAGUUAUCGUGUUGAAUUAGCACGUCGUAUAGCAUUAACAUUUAAUAAUGCCGAUCAAAUCAUUCUUAUGGAUGAUCUUGGACUUGUUGUUCCUGAAUCUGAACGUGCUGGCUUUCAUGGUUUACGUGGUUGUGAUCGGUCAUUAUUAACAAGUUUAUGGUUAUCAGCUGGCUUUCGUCAUGGUGGGCGUAUAAUUGUUUAUUCACCACCCAAUCCAGUUGAAAUGGAAACAUAUUUAAAAUUAAAAAAAUUAGUCGAAGAUCGUCUUCAACGUUCAAUUCAAAUUGAAAUACUUUACGAAGAUUCUAAUCAUAAUUUACAUGAACUUAUAAAUAUAUUCGAAAAAAAUAUUUAUAAAUAUAAUGAAAUAUGUGAAUUAUUUGCUCAAAGAUCAUUAAAUGAUUAUUAUCCUGAAUAUCAUGUUUAUAUGCUUAAAAGACAUAUAUAUGAAAUAACAAAAAAUUGCCAUCAUUCAUUUGUCUUUCCAUAUGAAAUGACGAAAUUUCAUCAAAAUGAAUUACAAUCUUUUUCAAAUCUUUUAACAUUACCUGAUUUACCAAUUAAUGAUAAAGCUAAACAUAAUCUAUUUUUAAAAUCUAAAGGUUUCAAUUCUUUACCUAUAUUAAUAGCUGUUGCAGCAAAUGGACAAUUAAUUGAUAAUUAUCAACAAUAUAUUCAAAUAGUUGAAGGUAGUAAUUCAAUAUAUACAAAAAAUACUUCGGAAAAUAUUGAAUUAUUUGCUCGUGGAGUUAUUCAAGCUAUUGAUCAAUUAUAUCAUCAAUAUAAUGUUUCAGCAUUUGUUAAAUUAGAUGCAAAUGGUGCAGCUGGAUGGUCAUGCAUGGGUCCUGAAAAACAUUCAUUGAUGUAUAAUUGUGAAGAAAAUCAAGAUAAACGUAUUCAUUAUUUAUGUGAAUAUGUUCAAAUGAAAAUUGUCGGUGAAUAUUUACCAUUAAUAGCUGUUGUUGAAGAAUUUAUUCAACCACAAAAACGUUCUGGAGAUAUUGAUGCAGAUUAUACUAUUUGUGGUUUUGUUCUUGGAGGAAAAUUUUUUCCAACAUCAAUUAAUUUAUGUGGAACAAUUGACGGAAGUUAUAUUGAACAGUGGACAUCAUCAUCAUCUGUUGAUUUAAAUGAUUCACCACUUUAUUGGCAACGUAUGUUUCAAAUGUAUUCAUUAAUGAUUAAUUUUGAAUCAUCAGAAUUUGGUUAUACAAAAGGAAUAUAUGCUGGAGAUUUAUUCAUAACAAAAGAUGGUUGUUUUAAACAACGUGAUUGGAAUAUACGUCGUGGUGGACGAUCAUCACCUGAAUCAUUAAUUAUAUUUGGUAUGCCAAAUUAUGAAACAAAAGUUAUUUUACCAUUAGCCGAUUUUGGUUUAAAUAAACAAUUAAAUAAUGUUGAAUUAUUUCGUAUAUAUACAAAAAUUUGUCAAUGUUUAUUGGAUGAUUAUGGAAUGUAUAUCUUUUCAAGUGGAUUUGGUUAUUGUGGAAAAGAUGACGAAGAAAAUGACUGUUUAAAAUUUAAUAUUCUUGUUCAUCCAAAAUGGCUUGUUAAAAUAGAUAAAAAUGGUGAGAAAAUAAAAUUACCACGAUGUGAACAUAGACAAAAAGUUACGGAAAUUAUUCAAGAAAUUACAAUGAAAAUUUUAAAAAAUAGAAUGUAG